AGCGACAUUUUGGAUGAAUUUGUCCCACAGAAGAAGAGCAGCACCAGGAAAGGCGGAGAAACACAAGCUAGUCCUUUAGAGUCUGGUGUAAAACACGCAAAAAAAACAUGUUGCCUUUUAUCUCAGUCGCUCUCAGAGCUUCAGCACCAAAUAAAGUUUCUGCUGUGGUUCUGUCCAGACGCUCCUAUGCCAGUUUCACUCCUCAGGCCAUCUUUGAUAUUAAGCCAUGUGAGGUCCACCGGCUGGACCAGGGUCCUCCGACACAAGCCGUGCUCACUCGAGAGGAAGGACUGAAGUACUAUCGCACCAUGCAGAUCAUGAGACGUAUGGAGCUGAAAGCAGACCAGCUGUACAAGCAGAAGAUCAUCCGAGGCUUCUGUCACCUCUAUGAUGGACAGGAGGCUUGUGCAAUGGGCAUCGAAGCUGCCAUCAAUCUCUCCGACCACCUGAUCACAGCGUACCGAGCUCACGGGUUCACCUACACCAGAGGAGUGUCUGUGAAGGAGAUUCUGGCCGAGCUCACAGGACGAAGGGGCGGAGUCGCCAAAGGUAAAGGAGGCUCCAUGCACAUGUACGCCAAGAAUUUCUACGGCGGAAACGGCAUCGUGGGAGCUCAGGUUCCCCUCGGGGCUGGAGUGGCUCUGGCCUGUAAGUACAAGGGAAAUGAUGAGGUGUGUGUCGCGCUGUACGGUGACGGAGCUGCCAACCAGGGGCAGAUCUUCGAGACGUACAACAUGGCGGCGCUGUGGAAGCUCCCGUGCAUCUUCGUCUGUGAGAACAACAAGUACGGCAUGGGCACGGCCGUGGAGCGAGCCGCCGCCAGCACGGACUACUACAAGCGAGGGGAGUUCAUUCCUGGUCUGAGGGUGGACGGCAUGGACGUACUUUGUGUCAGGGAGGCCACCAAGUUCGCCGCAGAUCACUGCAGAUCCGGCAAGGGUCCAAUUCUUAUGGAGCUUCAGACUUAUCGUUACCAUGGACACAGCAUGAGUGAUCCCGGAGUCAGUUAUCGGACACGUGAGGAGAUCCAGGAAGUGCGCAGCAAGAGCGACCCAAUCACCCUGCUGAAGGACCGACUAAUUAACAACAACAUGGCCAGUGUGGAGGAGCUUAAGGAGAUUGACGUGGAGGUGCGUAAGGAGGUGGAGGACGCGGCGCAGUUUGCCACAUCCGACCCCGAGCCCAUGCUGGAGGAGUUGUGUAACCACAUCUACUACAACCAGCAGCCCAUCGAGGUGCGCGGCACAAACCCCUGGACCAAGCUCAGGUCCACCAGCUGAACAUCUGCAGCUACGAGCUCUCCGUAAAGCCCCGGAAAGUUUUUAACGCACAAACGCCACGAUCACAUUUACUACAUCUUCAUCAUCAUCGUCAUCAUCGUCAUCAUCAUCAUGUGCUUUCCUUCCGCUCUACUGAAAUUCCAGCUGUUACAUAUUUUAUUCAUGUUCCUGUUACUUUAUAUUUGAAUCCUUGGUCUGUCGUCCAUUUAAAAUGGAUUUUUUUUCUCUUUUCUCUUCCUGAUGUAACCGGUUACAAAAUAUUAUGAAUAAAAAAAAAAAACGACAAAUGUCAAGGUAGAUUUUCUACUUUUUUUUUUAAUCAAUAACAUUUACAGCAUUUAGCAGACACCUUUAUCCAGAGUGACUUACUUUUUUAUUAUUAUUUAUACAACUGAGCAAUUGAGGAUUAACAUGGGAUUCGAACCCAUGACCGUCUGACAUCUCACAUCCCAGUAGAUGGUGCUGGGAUUUUAUUUAUUUAUCCUUUUUUAUAAAUACAACCCCAGUCCAUCUUAUUUGCACAUUAUCCAUUAAAUAAGAGACCUUUGUGAUCUUCUAACUUGAUAACAUAACCUUCGCUACAUUCGUGGAAUUUCUUAGGAUGAUAAAUAUACUUCAGGUGUGUGUGUGUGUGUGUGUGUGUGUGUUUGUUCCACUUUACACCUCCAUGCUAAAUAACUACCUUUAAAACACACUGAGUGUUGAACAUUACUCGUCUUUCAGAUGGUUUAGAUUAACGAGUCGGCCGAGAUUCAGCCGAUCGGAUGCAGAAGAUUCAGUCUUUGGUUUAUUCCUGAAGUGUAAUAUGUCAGAAACUGGAUGAAACGUACGUUUGUGCGUUUAAUCUUUAAUCUUCAUCAUCUGCUGACGAUGAAGAUGCUGCUGAUGAUGAUGAUGAUGAUGUAAAAACUAAAUAUUAAAUAGUAACAGGGUGCAAACUGCUGUACCUUAACUGUAAUAAAUAAAGCUGGGAUAUUUCUAUUGUUUUACAGAAUAAAUCAAACCAAACCAGUAA